AGGUGUCGGGAUCCCUGUUGGGCGGGGGGGCCGGCGAGGGAAGGGGCCGCGGGCGCGCGCGCGCGCGCCCUCGCAGCCGCUCGCCUCCCUCCCUGCCCCCUCCGGCACACACAUCCACACACGCACACCCCCUCCCCUGCUGCCCGCCCCGUGCUGCCCGCCCCGCCGGCCCAGCUCGCCCUCGCGCGCUGGGAAGGGAGUCGCGAGACGUCGGAGCGGCGGCCACGUAGCGCUGCGGCGGCGGCGGCAGCGGCAGCGGCCGAGGCCGGGUCUUGAGGAGCGGCCCUGAGGACAGACGUUGGGCAGGGGGGAGGGGCCGGCCCAGCCGGCGGUUGUGACUCGAGCGCCGCGGCUGCAGGCCCCCGCCGCAAGGAUGGACCGCCGAGGCGGCGGCCGGGGCGGCGGAGGCGGAGGCGGCCGGCCCGGAUAAGAUGCUUCCAAGUCCCUUGCAGCUCUCUUCAGAAGAAAAAUCACUAGUACUCUGCUCUUGCCGUAAUACCAAACCUUUUUGACUCAUGCUUUGGUGCUGCAACACUGGAAGAAUUGCACACAAUUUCCAGGAAUAUCUUUUUUUCAUUUGAGUGAUUCUUUGUGGAUGAAAAAAGAUUUGAGUCUUAAUAAUUACCUUGUUUUAAAGCUAUUUUCUUUAUAGUCUGAACUGCUUAAUAAAUUGGGCCACUUACCAAUGAGCCACACAGCCAGUUCUUGUCAGGAACUGGUUGAAAACUGUGCUGUGCAUGUAGCAGGAAUGGCACAAGAAGAUAGCCGUCGUGGUCAAGUGCCAUCUUCCUUUUAUCAUGGUGCCAACCAAGAACUUGACCUGUCCACCAAAGUGUACAAAAGGGAGUCAGGAAGUCCUUAUUCUGUGUUAGUGGACACCAAGAUGAGCAAGCCACAUCUCCAUGAAACAGAAGAACAGCCAUAUUUCAGGGAGACAAGAGCAGUGUCUGACGUGCAUGCUGUUAAGGAGGACCGGGAGAAUUCUGAUGACACAGAAGAGGAAGAGGAAGAAGUCUCUUACAAAAGGGAGCAGAUCAUAGUGGAGGUAAACCUUAAUAAUCAAACAUUAAAUGUAUCUAAAGGGGAAAAGGGUGUCUCUUCUCAGUCCAAAGAGACUCCUGUUCUUAAGACAAGCAGUGAGGAGGAAGAGGAAGAGAGUGAGGAAGAGGCCACAGAUGACAGCAAUGACUAUGGAGAGAAUGAAAAGCAGAAGAAAAAGGAGAAGAUAGUAGAGAAAGUCAGCGUUACACAAAGGAGAACCAGGAGAGCUGCCUCUGUUGCCGCAGCUACCACUUCCCCUACUCCCAGAACUACAAGAGGUCGUAGGAAGAGUGUAGAGCCACCUAAGCGUAAGAAGCGGGCCACAAAGGAGCCCAAAGCACCAGUCCAGAAAGCUAAGUGUGAAGAGAAAGAGACUCUGACCUGUGAGAAGUGCCCCAGGGUAUUUAACACUCGCUGGUACCUGGAGAAGCACAUGAACGUUACUCAUAGGCGCAUGCAGAUUUGUGAUAAAUGUGGCAAGAAGUUUGUCCUGGAAAGUGAGCUGUCCCUUCACCAGCAAACAGACUGUGAAAAAAACAUUCAGUGUGUUUCCUGUAACAAAUCGUUCAAGAAACUCUGGUCCCUUCAUGAGCAUAUCAAGAUCGUCCAUGGAUAUGCAGAAAAGAAAUUUUCCUGUGAAAUUUGUGAGAAGAAAUUCUAUACCAUGGCUCAUGUGCGGAAACACAUGGUUGGAGAGAAACCCUUUAUCUGUGAAAUCUGUGGCAAAAGCUUCACCAGCCGCCCCAACAUGAAGAGACACCGCAGAACUCACACAGGCGAGAAGCCCUAUCCGUGUGAUGUGUGUGGCCAGCGGUUCCGCUUCUCGAAUAUGCUUAAGGCCCACAAGGAGAAGUGCUUUCGGGUGACCAGCCCCGUGAAUGUGCCACCUGCUGUCCAGAUCCCACUUACAACUUCCCCAGCCACCCCAGUUCCUUCUGUGGUGAACACACCCACAACCCCAACCCCUCCAAUCAAUAUGAAUCCUGUAAGCACUCUUCCCCCUCGGCCCAUCCCCCACCCCUUCUCACACCUGCACAUCCACCCACACCCUCACCACCCGCAUCACCUUCCCAUCCCUCCAGUCCCUCACCUCCCCCCACCUCCAGCUCUCUUUAAGAGUGAGCCUUUAAAUCACAGAGGCCAGAGUGAUGACAACUUUCUGCGGCACCUGGCAGAGAAGAACAGUUCAGCACAGCAUCAUUAACAUCCGUCUCCUUAGUGUGUUCUCCAGGAGACACGUCCCCAUGUGUGAGCGUGCACAGAGGGAGUCGGUGAGCAUUUCCUUAGUUCUCAGACUCUCCUCCGCCUCUACCAAGAGCUUCGCCAGUGUCACUAAAUCAACAGAUCCAAGGGAAUGAACAAGAAGACUACCUUGAGCUCACAGAGGGACUGUCAUCUAAAUCAAGGGAACCACUGAACUAAAGCCCAAUUUGCUUGCAUUUUCUGAUGACUUUUAUAAGUUUCAAAUACUCAGACUUGUGGAAUUUUAUAAUUUCAUAUCAGCUGAUGAGGUAUGCUUGCUUUUAUAUCCCGGACUUCUCCUCAAAGAGGGGAUAGGCCUGGUUUCCUUUGUACUAAUCGGGAAGGCUGUGAGAUUAAUCCAGAGCAUUAAUUGUAUCACUGUGUAUGGUAAGGAAUUCUUUUCAGCUUUUGGUGCCAGCUACAGAGUUGAGCUGGCCAUGAUUCACAGUAUAUCAAGCAUUAUAGAGAAAGACAAAUUUUCUUCGUGUAGCUCUCCUAACGCACUCUUUAUUUUACUACAGAAAUUAUUUUAGAGUUUUUGUAUAGACUUCUUUAGUAGUCUGUUUCUAAAAUGAAAUGUAUUUCAAUAAGCAGUGUAAUUUUUUCAGUGUAGCUGAACCUAUGUUGUAAAAUAGAAAAAAAAUUUAUAAUCAUCAAAAUGUGAUUCUUAAAGAUGCAUAUAACUUCUAUAAUUCAAAGUUAUUCUUACAUCCGUACAACUCAAAAGGUGCUUCAGAGACUAGAUGUAUCUGAGAGGGUCUCCACACCAGGUUACUGCAAAAACGAGGUUUUGCUUUCAGGAUUUGGCAUAAAUACUUGGUAGUUUUGACAUCUCUGUGUAACACUCAGAGAGGCUCCCUAAUGUGCUCCUGUCCUCCAUGUUCUACCUGGCUUCGUUAGUGCAUUACAUGAAAUGAUUUGCAGGGGAUGGGGCCUUUUCCAGGGAAGUCACCUAAAGCUUCCAUGUUUUGAACAUUUGAAUAAGGCUGUUUGCUGACAGGAGGAGGAAGUAGUGGAGAUCAUUUAAUCUCAGUCACAUCUGUUUCUCACUUCCCUUAGGAACUGUGUUCAUGUUUAGCUUUUAUGGGAUGACAAGUUGAAAUCUCUCAUUUUGAGGUUGCUUUAUUUUUCUAGAAUUGUUAUAAGAAGCUAAAAUAGUAAACUUAAAAUCAUAAACAUGAUGUUGCUGAUAGUGGCUGAGAAAUUCAGAUGAGAAGGCAAAUUGGUUAUGAAUUUUGAAAUAUCGAUUAUAUGUGAAAUAUGGAUAUGUUCACUACCUUGAGCUAUUUUAACACAGUAAAUAGUAAAUAGGAAAACUCCUAAGUUUUACUGCCCUGUCCUCUGCAAAUUAUGUAAUACCAGCAUUCUUAGGUGAUAAAGAGAGCAGCACCUCUAAUACCUUUAGGCAGAUUACUUUUUCAAGUUUGGGGAACUUCAAACUUAUUAUAGGAAAGGCUGAAUAGAAGGGCUAGUGUAUUGAUUACACUUAACUGAUCAAAUUUAUCCAGACUCAUUAUAGCUUAAAAUUUUGUAUUUCUUUAUCUCAGAGAACUGAGUUCCCAGGCUAAAUCACUCACCUCCCAACCCCUCUCCAAUUUUUUUUUUUUUUUUUUUUUUUAAAGACAAGGUCUUGCUAUGUUGCCCAGGCUAGAGUGCAGUGGCUAUUCACAGGUGCAACUAUAGCACACUACAGCCUCCAACUCUUGGGCUCAAGCAAUCCUGCCUCAGCUAACCAAGUAGCUGGGACUACUGGCACACACUACCAUGCCCAGUCCAUUUUUGAAUCUUGAAAUUUCUUCAUUUUUCUUUCUUCAGGUUCUUAAAAUAAUUGCCUGAAUCAGAACGCUGGCUUUUUUUUUUUUUUUUUUAAUGUUAAAUGUGCAGAUAUGCUUUGAGCACUUUUCUAGCUAAUGAGUUCUGUGGUAGGAAAAAAUGGAACUCUUUCAACUGAGAUUAAGUCCGUAUUUUUUAAACAUCACACUCUCUAUUAGCUUUUUGGUUUAAUGUUUCUAAAUUUUCUCCUUCUGAUUUUGCCUGUCUUGUAUAAUGAGCAUAGGAAACUUUUGGAAUGAGGCAGAAAAAUAUCUCAAGAUAUACUUUUCUUCCUGGUUUUGGAUGUAAGUUUUAAAAAUGGUAUUUUUAAUAUUUGUACACAUUCUUUGAGCACCCAGGUAUCCAAGCCAACGAGGAAAGUUAAUUCCUUGCAUUUGACGGUUAUAUCUUUAGUGGUUGUCUCCCCUCCCUCCACAGUCUCCUUGGCAUUCCAUGACAAGUUUGUCAACCUACACUUUUAUAUAAACAUAUCAUUAUUUCAUGGUCAAGCCUGUAGUAUUAAAAUGAUUUUUUUUUAAAGAUGUAAAUUGUGCUUAGUUAAUUGGUUAUAUUUUGUUCUUUUUUUUUUCUUUUUUUUUUUUUUUUGAGGCAGAGUCUUGCUCUCUUGCCCGGACUGGAGUGGAGUGGUGCGAUCUUGGCUCACUGCAACCCCCAUGCAUUACAUGAAAUGAUUUGCAGGGGAUGGGGCCUUUUCCAGGGAAGUCACCUAAAGCUUUCCAUGUUUUUUUCCAUUUUGUUCUAAAUAAAUUUACAGUAUUGGGCAGCAAUUCUGAAUUCUAGACUUGAGACCACAGAAUCAACCAUUUCAUGAGGUUGUACUAUAAUUAUACACUGGAAUAUUCAGGUAGUCAUCUUUGAUUUUUCAUUCAAGUAAAUAUAGCCAUAAGAAAAUAUCUGCUAUACAGGAAAACCAGUAUUAAGCAAAUCACCACCAUCCUUAACAGAAGCAAAAAAAAAAAAGAUUAUUUUUAAAAAUUAGCAUUGUCAUACAGUACAAUUCUUAGUGAAAUGUAUUGUGGAACAAUUUAGAAACUUCCUUUUUUUCCCCUAGAUAAGGAUACUUUCCUUGACUUGAGAUUUGUGGUCUUCAGGAAAACUGCUCCGAAUAUAAUGACUCCUCAUCAGUAUCAUAUUGCAUAUGAAUAAUGAAAUGCAUUAAGAAUAUUCACAACAUUAAUGCUUCUGAAUAUAAGAACUGCAGGAUUAAGCCUUAAACAUAUAUGUGCAACACGUUUAACAUACUUAAGACUCAAACUCAGGGUUGAAAAUUUGGUUGGGGUCGUCUUUGUAAGAUAAAAGUUGCAUUAUGUGGUAUGUUCUCUUCCAUAUAUGCUACAGCACCCCAUGAAUUCUUCAAAACUUUUUACCUACUUGUUAUCUGUUUAUGAAAAAAAAUAAUUAUGGAGAAGUUUGAGUUCUCAGCCCUUAUCUGUACAUGUCUGUUAAAGACAACAAAGGCCACAUUUAAGCAUUAUGUAGAUAACAAAUUGAGGCUGUCUCUCAUUACUUAGUUUUACUGUCUUCAAAGGCUUGUAUCAUUGCUAGGGUUAAGACUUAUUUGAGGAUAAGUUGGCAUUGUAUUUUUUGUGUGUGUGGGUUGGUUUGUUUGUGUGUGUUUCAUUUUCAUUUUUCUGCUUUCUCUCAUAAGAUUUAUCAGUAAAAUAUAAACUCUUCCUUAGCCUUAAUAAAGGCUGCUGCUUUCUCAAAUUGAGUCAGGUAGGCUCAUUCUGAGUUAGAUUUUUAAAUCUGAAUGAAGAAAAGACAACAAUUUAAAGACAUGUGGCUUCAUUUCCACAUGUAUUUGUGACUGGUUUCUUAUUUUUAGCAAGCAGGGGAGAUCUCCACAAAAAACUUUACUGUAGUUCAAAGAAGCCUGUGCAAAUCAGUUACCUGUACUUUCAUAGUCUACCAUUUACAUUAACUGUUCUAGAUUAAUGACUGAGCGUGGACAUCACCAUAAUUAUACCAUUUUUUUAAAACCACAUUGGUUCGAAGUAUCCUUUUCUAGUGGUUAGAACUUUCCCUGUAAUUUGAUUGUCACUCGUACACUAACCGAAAGCAAAAUGCUCUGAUGAGAUGCUUAUAAACUAUGGAUUUUUUAAUUCUUGAAAUUUUUUUCAGUUUUUAUGUUUGUUGAAUAGAUAUGUAUGUUUAGUUUCAUUAUUACUUCACUGGAAGUUUUAAAUUUUGAGAAGAUGAAGCAGAGAUAGAAAUCCAUUGCAGAUAUAUGUAUAUUUACACCAUCUUGCAGAUUUCGGCUAGUAAAACAUACAAUGAUAGGUCAGUUUUAGUGUUUAAAAAAAAAAAAAGAAAACAAAAGUUAGAGAAACCUUUCUGUUUGAGCUACUGUAUAGAAAAGACAACUUUUAUUGCAUUGCUGGUCCACAUGAUAAAUAUUUCAAUGCUGUUCUAGACUGUAUGAGAAGUACCUAAUGAAAAAAGGGAUACAUUACAUUUAAGAAUUGUAUCAGCUAAUUACUGUUUUUAAAAAAUCAACUCAUUUGGAAUUCUUCAGACUAUAAAAUUGAGCAAGUAAAGUUUGAGUUUUAAUUUUCCUUUGCCUGAACCAAGAUAGGAAAUUUCUCAAAAGAUUUUUUUUUUUUUUUUUUUUUAGGAAUGAAAGGUCAUAAGCCAUUAGAAAUAGUGGCAUUAUUAUGCAAUAACAACACCCUAGCUAACCUGCUUUUGUCAUCUGUAGCACUUACAAUAAAGAAUGAUGACCUUCCAACCCUGGACACUACCUCGAUAAAGCAAACCAGAGAUCCUCUCUACACUCUCUAUGGAAGCCAUAAAAGUUGCCAUCAAUAUAUCCACUUUCAUAGUUCUAUACUUUUAUACUUUCUAGACUUUUUUAUAGACUUUAUGAUAAAAUCUUUUUGUCUCAGAGGAUAGGUUUUGCAAGAUUCAAAGGAAAAUCAGACUCCUUGGUCGUUCCAGCUUUGAAGCUUUUGCUUCAGUAAAUUUGUUUAAAGAACCAGAUCACAUACCAUUUAUGAAAUUCUUUAAGUCAAAACUACUUUGCAGACAUGCAUAUUAGGAAAACAAACUCUUGUUCUCUAGAGAGAAUCAUAUUGUUGUAAGAAACUACUUAUAAGGUGGCUUUCUUUCUGCUUUGUUACUCUAUGUAUUACUCAAUAAUAUAUGUAUGGUCACAUGUUCCUGGAGUUGUUUUAUUUCUUUAUGACAGAUACAUGAGUAUGCACCUCUCUCUAAUCCUCUGAUGUCACUGCAACUUCAGUCUCUCUCACUCUGUUUUUGAGUGCCUUCAAAAUGCCGGCAUCCUGGAACAUUCUUUUCCUGAUCUAAAUCCUACCUCUGACUAUUUCAUUAUCCAUGAAUAUUGGAAUUCACCCAUAUUCCAGUGGGCUUAACUCUACAAACUAGCUAAAACCUUGGACAAGAAUUUUGACUGAAUUUCUGUUUUGUUCCUCCAUGUCAUUUUUAGGUUACAUUUUUAACUUUUAUUUAUAUGUUAUUUCUUCACAUAUUACAUCUCCCUGUUGAAAGAUUUUAUCCUUAUUUGACUUCUCACCUUCUUUACUUUCACCGGAAAUUCGACGUUCCUUUAAAAUUAAAGGUCAUUGAAUAUGUCUUUUGAACACCUUUUUCUCAACUGAAGUCUUCCUGAAUGCCUCCCCUUUCUGAUGAAGGGAUCCUGAGUGCUGCUGUUGCUCUGCUCUGUUCCCAUGUGCCGACUCCCUUCCAUACACAUUUUGCGAGACUCUGCUCUUUUAGUCAAAUUUAUUUAAAAUUGCUCUCUGGGUUUCUGCUUUCUCAUGGCCCUGUCCCUCAAAAACUUCUGUUUAUUUUUUCUAGCUGUUUUCAUCUAAUUGGUUUAAAACAUAUGAUGGAUCCAUAAUAUAUGAAGGAUGUAAUGAAAAGGAGGUUGCGUGUUUUCCAUGUAAUAUGAUCGAGCACUUCUGAUCAAACAUUUAGCAAUUGGCUAGUCCUUCACAGCCAGAGCGGAAGUUUGUGCUGUGUACAGUUCUUUUUACUCCCUUCCAGUUCUCCUCCAAAACUGGAGAAAAA